AUGCACAAGUCAACAACAAUGUCGGAUAAAGAUGAAAAAGAGUCAUGGUCCGAUGAUGUAUUAUUAUCUGAACCGCAAUCAGAAGAAGAACUUCGUCUCGUCGAUAACAAAUUCGCCUUUUCACCAGGCCAACUCAACAAGCUUCUGAACCCGAAAUCCGCCCAUGCCUUCUAUACGCUGGGCGGACUAAAGGGCCUUGAAUACGGACUACAGACAAACUUGACCGCUGGUCUAUCAACAAUAGAGACCAUUCUACCGAGAUCUGUCACGAUAGACGAAGCGAGGCAGGUAGCCUGGUCAAAUAAAGCGAUCGCCACCUCGUCGCAUCUCCAGAGGAGUAGCAUUCCCCUACCAUCACAGCCCUCGAAAGACUCCAUCCAAUUCACCGACCGAACGCGAAUCUUUGGUACAAACGCACUUCCCUCCGCGCCGAAGAAGAAAUUCCUCCGGCUCCUAUGGGACGCCUAUAACGACAAGAUCAUCAUCCUCCUCACCAUCGCCGCCGUUGUCUCCCUUGCCCUCGGUAUCUACGAGGCCGCAUCGGGUCAAUCCCAGGUUGACUGGGUUGAGGGCGUGGCCGUGUGCAUUGCGAUUUUGAUCGUGGUUUCCGUUACGGCAGGGAAUGACUGGCAGAAGCAAAGGCAAUUUGGAAAGUUGAAUAAGAGGAAACUCGACCGCGAAGUUAGGGUUAUCCGCGACGGACAAACAAUCCGAGUGCAUAUUACUGAGCUCACCGUCGGGGAUGUCGUACAUUUGGAGCCUGGGGACUCAGCGCCUGCAGAUGGAGUUGUGAUCACAAACCAUGAGAUUAAAUGCGAUGAGUCCACUGCUACCGGGGAGUCAGACCAUGUCGAAAAGGUCAGCGGCCACAAGGCCUGGGAAUCGCUACGGGAUGGGCCACACGAGAUUGACGUGGACCCGUUCAUUAUCUCUGGCAGCAAGGUGCUUGAAGGGCUGGGGACUUAUCUUGUUACCAGUGUCGGGCCUCAUUCAACAUAUGGGCGGAUUAUGGUCUCGCUGGGAACUGAGACAGAUCCGACGCCGUUGCAGGUGAAGCUUGCGCGUUUGGCGAGCUGGAUAGGUUGGUUUGGGCUAGGUUCGGCCUUACUUCUAUUCUCCGUCCUGUUCAUCCGGUUUCUCGUCCAGCUGUCCGGUAUCUAUCAAAACGAUACUCCGGCUGUCAAGGGUCAACACUUUAUGGACAUCCUAAUCGUUGCAGUCACCGUCAUAGUAGUAGCGAUUCCAGAGGGCCUCCCAUUGGCCGUUACACUGGCACUCGCCUUCGCGACAGCUCGUAUGCUGAAAGAAAACAACCUCGUCCGGUUGCUUCGCGCAUGCGAGACCAUGGGAAACGCGACAGUGAUAUGCUCCGACAAAACAGGGACGCUAACUCAGAACAAAAUGUCUGUCGUUGUGGGACUUUUCAGCGCCCGCGAGGUGUUCGGUCGACGCCCAUCUGAUAUAUCCGAAUCGUCGUCGAUAACGGUCGCAGAUGCCGUUGCAAAGUUCCCUGCUCAGUUCAAGGAGCUUCUCAUUCAUAGUUUAGCCCUGAACACCACGGCAUUCGAAGAGAACCGUGAGACAGGGAAGGAAUUUGUUGGGAAUAAAACUGAAAUUGCGUUGCUGCAGCUUGCAAGUGAACACCUGGGAAUGAGCCUGUCUGAGGUGCAAGGGGAGAACAAGAUAGAACAUGUCUACCCUUUUGACUCAUCGCGAAAGGCCAUGGCGGUGGUAUAUCGAUUGCCGGCCGGAUAUCGGAUUCUCGUCAAGGGUGCCCCUGAACUUCUCCUCAGCGCUGCUACUCGAAUGGUGCAAUCGGCCACAUCAAACGAAACAGGAAUUCCCAGCGGACUGAUCUUAGAUGAAGACCGCCAGUCUAUAUCCAGAACGAUAGACGCCUACGCUAGGGCUUCCCUUCGAACAAUCGGGAUUGCCUAUCGCGACCUUCCCGCCUGGCCACCGGCAAACAAAGGUCAACAUCCCAGCUUUGGUGAAAUCCUAGAGGACGUGACGUGGAUCGGAGCAUUUGGGAUUCAUGACCCACUCCGUCCAGAAGUUAUAGAGGCUAUUUGGAACUGUCGCUCGGCUGGAGUGGAGGUUAAAAUGGUUACAGGAGACAAUAUCAACACCGCACUCUCUAUUGCCGAAGAGUGCGGUAUUAAGACCGAUGAUGGCAUGGCGAUGGAAGGCCCCGAGUUAAGGAAGCUUGAUCAGGAGCAAUUGGAUCAGGUUGUCCCUAAGUUACAGGUCCUAGCCAGGUCUUCGCCGAAUGACAAGGAGCUUCUUGUGAAGCACCUUAAACGGCUUGGAGAGAUCGUUGCCGUCACUGGCGAUGGCACCAACGAUGGGCCUGCCCUGAAGUCCGCGGAUGUUGGGUUCUCAAUGGGCAUGAGUGGAACUGAAGUAGCGCGGGAGGCCAGUUCCAUUAUUCUGCUGGAUGAUAAUUUUAGGUCUAUCGUCACCGCUAUUUCCUGGGGGAGGGCCGUCAAUGAUGCUGUGGCCAAGUUCCUUCAGUUCCAAAUCACCGUCAAUAUCACUGCGGUGUUGCUCACCGUGAUAACAGCGAUAUACAACAGCAGAAACGAGAGUGUCUUCAAGGCCGUACAGCUUCUAUGGCUUAAUCUUAUCAUGGAUACGUUCGCAGCCCUAGCUCUGGCUACCGAUCCCCCAACGGCGGAUAUCCUCAACCGCCCUCCAACUCCACGUCACGCCUCGUUAUUCACCGUUACAAUGUGGAAGAUGAUUCUCGGCCAGUCCAUCUACAAGCUGACUAUCUGCUUCGUCCUUUACUUCUCCGGCCACAAUAUACUAGAUCUCGAUAAACACUCCCCGCAUGAAAUGCUCGAACUCGAGACGAUCAUCUUCAACACCUUCGUCUGGAUGCAGAUAUUCAACGAACUCAACUGCCGGCGUUUAGACAAUAAAUUCAACGUCCUUGAAGGCAUCCAUCGGAAUAAAUGGUUCCUAUUUAUCAAUGUCCUCAUGGUUGGUGGCCAGAUACUGAUUAUCUUCGUCGGGGGCGCAGCAUUUGGCGUCACGAGGCUAAGUGCGCGGCAGUGGGGAAUUUGCCUGGGAUUUGCGGUCCUCUGUAUCCCGUGGGCAGCUAUUCUCAAGUUCAUUCCAGAUCGGUAUGUGGGUGUCUUGAUUCGCUGGUUUUCGAAGGCUGUCGCGGCCCUUUGGAUGCCAAUGGUAAAAGCAUAUACGGCGGCGGUAUACGGGAUGAAGAGGUGUAUAAGGCCAGCAACUGCAAAGCGGCUCAGUGGAAAGGCUCGUGUUAUAGACGAAGAGGCGCCUGUUUCUACCGUGCAAUAG